AUGUCACAAUUCAGGGCUCCGAAUUUCACUGAAGUGUUCGAAGGCGAUGCAGAAGAAGUUUUAGAGUUUUUGAAUGAUCUCGACUACGAGCUUGAAGCGAGUAACAUAACCGAAAAUCAAAUGAAGAUCGCAACCUUUUUGCGAAACAUACGUGGCUCACCGGCAUCAUGGUUUCGCGCCUACAGAAAUCUUGCGUUGACGCAGAAAAAACCAGAGAUGCUGAUAUUCGAUAAUCUCAUAGUUGCCUUCAAAAAGUCGUAUGGGCUAGAUGCAUCUGCAAUUUACGAGAAAUGGGCAGAAUUGAGACAGACAGGCUCCCUGCAAUCAUACACCGAUGAGUUUUUGACGUUGUUGGGAGCUGUAAGUAAGGAGGGGCCUCUACCGUCGCACAUUGAAGCAUACGCGUAUACAAAGGGGCUGAAGAACCCAUCAAAGCAGCUUGUUAGAACCAAGAACCCAUCAACACUCAUCCAAGCCAUUGAAUACGCUGCUGCAAGCACCGUAGAACCGGAAAAACCGGAAAACCGGGAAAACCAGCCAAGGGCGACAGAAAUUAUCGUACCGCACACAAGUUAUGCUUCAGGUGUGGAAGCUCUGGUCAUUGGAUCAAGAAUUGUCAACGGAGUGUUUCCUGAGGGAUCGCUUUUUCGAACGAUAGCACUGGGAACGGGGGCCCAGAGGUUAGAAUUUACUGAGAAUAUUUUGCUUGUAACACACUAUUGA